AUGUCGUUCGACCUGGGAAAGCAUGCCAAAGCUCGCAAUCGCAGCGUGAGCUUGGGAACCAGUCUACUAUUCCUGAACCCUCCGCCCAUCGCCGAACCAACGCCGAGAACAUCUGGUGACUCCAGGAGAUCAAUAAGUCUCCCCAUGAACCAAUUUCCAUUAGGCCAGGGUGAUCAAGGCUCAUCUAAACCGUCUGCUGCACGCCAUUCGCCUGUACGCCACCAACGCAGCAUGCUCGACGUUGAUGCUGAUAACCGGCUGACGCUAAAUGUUAUUGCACCAAUGUCCUUUUAUGAGCAACUUGUCGAUAUUCAUGGCGAUGACAAGACGGCAGAUCAAGACGGAGAGCCCAGUCAAUCAGGCGAUAACAGACAACCACCGCCCAGGAUUAACCAUCGAUUCACCAGCUCGGAAUAUUCGUGGACUUCUCCUGGCAGCGAGUCCCCAGCGUUGGCCCCUUCUGCCUCGCCCACCAACGUUCCUUCUCAGCCACCCCCCGCUGCUGACAACAGGAACAUUGUCCGAAGAAAGCUCACGGGCUAUGUCGGCUUCGCCAACCUGCCCAACCAAUGGCACCGAAAGAGUGUGCGCAAAGGCUUUAACUUUAAUGUCAUGGUCGUUGGUGAAUCUGGCCUUGGCAAGUCUACACUGGUCAACACCCUGUUCAACACCUCUCUCUACCCCCCCAAGGAGCGCAAGGGCCCCAGCCUCGACAUUAUUCCCAAGACCGUUACCAUCCAGUCCAUCAGCGCCGAUAUCGAGGAGGCUGGUGUUCGUCUUCGCCUCACUGUCGUCGACACCCCUGGCUUCGGUGACUUCGUCAACAACGACGAGUCAUGGCGCCCUAUUGUCGACAACAUUGAGCAGCGAUUUGACUCUUAUUUGGAUGCAGAGAACAAGGUCAACCGCAUGAACAUUGUUGACAACCGUAUCCAUGCUUGCGUUUUCUUCAUCCAGCCCACUGGCCAUUCUCUCAAGCCUCUUGACAUCGAGGUGAUGCGCCGACUUCACACCAAGGUCAACCUGAUCCCUGUUAUUGCAAAGGCUGAUACCCUUACCGAUGAGGAGAUUGCUGCUUUCAAGUCUCGAAUCCUCGCCGAUAUUAAGCACCAUGGUAUCCAGAUCUUUGAGGGUCCCCGAUACGAGCUCGACGACGAGGAGACAAUCGCGGAGAACAACGAGAUCAUGUCCAAGGUUCCUUUCGCCGUCGUUGGUGCCAACAACGAGAUCACCAGCGCCGAUGGUCGCAAGAUCCGUGGCCGUGCGUACCCUUGGGGAAUUAUCGAGGUCGAUAACGAGGAGCACUGCGACUUCGUUAAGCUUCGACAAAUGCUCAUCCGAACUCACAUGGAGGAACUCAAGGAGCACACCAACAACCAGCUCUACGAGAACUACCGUACCGACAAGCUGCUUGCCAUGGGUGUGUCUCAAGACCCCAGCGUGUUCAAGGAGGUCAACCCCGCUGUCAAGCAGGAGGAAGAGCGUGCCCUACAUGAGCAGAAGCUUGCCAAGAUGGAGGCCGAGAUGAAGAUGGUCUUCCAGCAAAAGGUGGCAGAGAAGGAGAGCAAGCUGAAGCAGUCCGAAGAGGAACUUUACGCUCGACACAAGGAGAUGAAGGAGCAGCUCGACCGUCAACGACUGGAGCUCGAGGACAAGAAGCAACGCGUCGAGAGCGGACGACCACUAGAGAAGGAGGGCAAGCGAAAGGGAUUCUCUCUUCGCUAA